AUGGGCGACGUAGGCCGGGCCUUUAGACCAAUUGCUCCCCGGACAAUGCCUCCCGACGGCGGGGCAGGAGGCCAACCACCGCUUGGUAACAGUGGCGGAGGGCCUUCGGAGGAUGGCCGGAUGAAAAGAGCUUCGACUGCGUGUAAAGAGUGCCAGAAACGUCGAACAAGGUGCACCGGACCACCUAAGUGCUCGGAAUGCGACACACAUGACCGAGAAUGUACCUUUGACGAACAAGCCGACAGGCGGCGCAAGGCGAAUGCGCGACGGACACAGGAAGAGCUAGCCAGCUUGUCGGAGUUCACAGAGCAGCUCCUAAGCGUCAUUCGAUAUUCCAACAACGCGACCACACAGCACGUCGUCAAUGUGAUUCGCUCUAGCACAUCACGGGAGGAAAUUCAAAGCGUCCUGAUAUCGAUUUUGGCUCAGAACCCCGAAUUAGCGCAGCAAGCGCUUGGCCAGCCCGCUCCACCACCUCAUCCGCAGCAACAUCCUUCUGCUGUUCCUCCUCAUCACGUUCCUAGCGACCUCGAUCCGCAUAGUCUCGGCCCUUAUUUUGAUCCCCGAUAG